GCUUACAAGAAUACAGGGGCUUGCAUGGUGACACAGAGAGGGGGUCAUGAUGGAGAGACGCAGAGAGAAAGGGGGAGAGAGGAAAAAGGAACAAGACAGGGAGAACUGAGAGGAGCAUCUGAGAGGAUAACUGCCUGUUUGCUCACUCUUGUCUUCUUGCUCCCCCUCCUGUCCAUUCACUUCCACUCACAGCACAAACGCUCAGACAGCUAGGUAGGCACAGCGGAGCUCAGAGCUCUGAGGGAUGGAUAAAAAGGUUCCCACGUGAAAGGCAUGAAUCCACGGAAGAAGAGGAGGGUGAGAUAGAAGAAGACACAACCAGAGAGGAAAGGAGAGAGAGGUGAGGAGGAGAGGAAAGGGAGACAAGAGAGGAACAGAUGGACUCUAUAUUAGGGGAAAGGAAACGGUGUGAAGCUCACAGAGCAGCAGUGACAGAGAGGUGGGAAUAAAAGCAAACAUGAACGCCAGAGGGAUGGAAGAAUGGGCUGAAGAGACGUGAAGGAAUAGCAGAGAAGAGGAGCGAGCAUUUGUGGGAGAAAGAGACAACACAGAGGGAAACAGGAAGAAAGAGAUGUGCUCUAAGAAUCUGUCUGUCUGCAGGCCAGGUGUUUUCGUUGGACUGACAGCGGCUUGGCUUUAUAGGAGCUCAUACUGUCUUCAGCCAUGAGAGAAUGAGUCACUGAGAGAAGAGCUGAGAAAAGAAAGUGAUAAAAUCAAAAGGAAGGGAGGGAGAACAAAACAGUUGAAACAGAUAGGCCAUUAUGGGGAAGUACGCUGGCCCAUCCCAUACUUUGGCCAUCCAAUCUCCUGAGGGCCCAGGGGACAAAGCAGGUGGGGAAGGAGGGGCAGCCAAGUAGACAAGCCAAUGUGAUGGACACAGAAAGGAUGGGCAGGCUGCAUUCCCUUCUUCCCUGCUUGUUUGCCGAUAACCUCUCUGGCCUCAUCAAGAGUUCAUCUCCCUGGAAAGUUAAAGAGAAAUGGGAAUAAAGAGCAAAAGUGCACAACUUCAGAAGACAUGGAGCAGUAUGGACACUUCUCACAUGCUCAUUUAAAAAAAUAUCUGAUGCUACAUAUAUUUAUUUUUGUACGAAGGUAAGAGUAGAGACCCUUAAGGUUAUUUGGGCUAGCAUUUAUCACAGUGAUCUAUGCUUAAUUUUUACUUGCUGUGCUUACUACACCUUGAACUGUGAAUAUGAUAAUCCAUCCUUCCUAGAGGACAAUCUUAGUUGCAAAGGAAGUAAUUGGUGUAUAGAUUUGAGAUAACCUGAGCAACUGCACCCAAUCCUAUAAAGAAAAGGCUAUAUCCCCAGUGUGUUCUAUGAUGAAACUGGAAGUCAAUCAAUUGUACAGAUCACUCACUGUUAUAAUGAAUAUAUAUUAAAGGGGAGAUCACUUUCCUUGUUGACGCACUAACACAACUUGGCCUUCACAACAUCAAACUGCCUGCAGAGCCUGUGGAUGUUGGGGGAGCGAGAGAGACAAGAGAAAUGGUGAGCAAAGAGCCCAACCACUUGCUCACAGGCCAAACCAACUGCAAAAGCACCUUGGCGGACAAGUUGCCCGGGACAAUGACUGUGCGUUCUGUGCUGCUCAAUAGAGACUCCCCAGAUAUUGAGAGCCGCCUCAAGCGGCGCCGCAACCGCACCCACCAGGUCCGCUUUAAAGACCUGGAGGAUGGCAGUAGCAGCAGUGGCAACAGUGGAACAGGAGAAAACAAUAGCCAUCAGAGGCCUGCCACAGACUGUGACAGCCCACAUCCUCUUCGCAAACACAGCAGCAGGUCCCCCCAGCCAUGGACUGGCAAGGAUGGGCCACGGACUGAGGGUCUACCUGGCCAAACCUCUGUGGUCGGGGCUGUGCGUGGGGACAUGGCAAGUACUAUAGAGGUGGUGGCUGCUUUCUUAGCCAGGGCCCCUCCUCAUCCAUUGACACCGGGUCCUACACGUCGAUGUUGGGUACCACCACAGACUAACUCCCUAACCUUGCCAAUGACACGCAAGUCCAGUACAAGCACCAGCACAGCCAUCCAGACCUCCCCAUGCCUGAAAAAGCCCCAGUCCCUCUCUUCCACACACACACGUAGCCACAGCCUCGGGGACUCCGUGGGCGUGGAUGGGGAUGACGAACAUGACUCUCAAGAUGAGUACCUUACGCACAACCAUGUGUUGUUGCCUGUGUCCAAGGACCAGAAUGGUCCUCCUGUACCUGGGGAUCGAACUGUGGUGGAACGGAGGUCUAAAGCCUCUAGGACAGACAUUAAAUCAGCUGUUAGUGUGGUAAAAAGCUCAAGGCACAGCUGUCCCCCUUCAGUCCUUCUCAACACUGAGCCAUGUCACUGUCCCUCUGUAUCCUGUCGAGAUGGCCCCAAGCGUCAGGGAAGCAGCACUCCCUCAGUGGUCAGGAGGAGAAAGCGGCUGAAUAGGACAACAAGUGAUCCUGGAAAGGAGGUGCACUACUGCACCACUCUCACUCAGACUGAAAGCCCCAGGCCAUCCCCGCAACCCUCAAAUACCAAACUCUGUACCACUCAAGUUUAUACUGAGAGCCCUUCCAUACCUCUAAAUUCAAAGUAUUGCACCGCCCAAAGUCAAACUGAGAGUCAACAUCAGUCUUCACCUUUUAGUGACAAACAGUGCACAACUCAAAUUCAAAUCACCAAUUCUCGUCCAACCCUACCUCAAAAAGCUGAACAGUGCACCACUCAAAUACAAACAGACUCGCCCUGUCACUCUCCUCCAAAUCAUCAACCUUGCACUACCCAGACACAAACUUGCAGCCCCUGUGCUUCCCCACCUCUGACAACAUCACCCAGCUCAAUGCAAAUUCAAUCUGAGAGUCCUGUAUCCCCAACUGCGACUCAAGACCCUCCCACCACCCAAAUAACUACUGUGCCUUACUGUACCUCUCCCCCACCUAUAAGUGCACCAACACAGACCCCUGAACACUGCACUAAGCCACCUUGCUCCUCUCCAGCCAAGCCAGCUUGCACCACCCCAUCUCCACCCAUAGCACUGUCCAUUCCUUGCUCCACUUCUGCACCUUUUGUUGUCCAACACCCUAUCCCCUAUUAUACUGUCGUGUCGCCACCAACAACCCCCAGCACAGCUGUUGUCUGCUCCAGUCCUUCCUCAACUGCCUCAGCAUGCCCCACCCAAUACUGCACCUCCCCAAUCUCAAACAUAGUAUCAUCAGCCCCCCUAACUUGUUCCACCCCUACCCCAACUAUAACCCCCAAUGUAACUCCCUUUGACCCCACCAGACAUCCAACCACUGCCCCAAAUGUAACACAUCAACCACCACCCAAUGCAUCAACACCUCCUACAAAUUCAACACCCUGUACAUUUGUGACUCAAACUGCCCUGUCUUGCACCUCCAUAUCAUAUUACUCUACCACCCAUUCGAUCGGUUCCCAUGCCCUUCACCCAAAUUCUACUUCGCCUUCUUAUGCCACUCUCAUACAAACUGUAUCUCAUUGCAACAUCCCAUGUCAAGCUCUGCAAAAUGCCUCUUCUGCCAACACAGGCAUAACCCCCUACUCCUCCCCAGUCCCCAAACUAAAAUCUUGCACUUCUCCUCCUCCACUUGUGAAAACAUAUGCGUCCACUCUUCCAAAUGCACAACCAUGUGCAACACCAACUAAAGCUGUUCCUCUGUACUCUUCCACAUUUCGUGCUGCGCCACCAUACACCCCCCCCUCUCAGGCCCCCUACAAUGCUCAGGAUAAGAGGGGCAUUCGACUUCCACCUCCUCCCCCACCACCUCCACCUUACACACCACGCAAAAAUGGAAGUGAUCCACCAGGUCCUGUAAUCCGAACACCCAUGCUCAGGGCAGACAGCAAGGGCAACAAGAAAGAUAAAGACAGGGAGAAGGAGAAAAAGGAAGAUAUAAAAUGUACAGACUCACCCAAGCUCUGUGAGAGAGCCAGUUCUCUGAAGCACAGAGCUCAAACUCCGCCAGUUGCUGUGAUGAAGGGAGAGAAGCAGUCCUCCUCCUCCUCUCCUGCCAAGGCCUGUUUUAAGCCCAGCUGUCUCAGCUCAGCCCAGGCUCAGCUUGGGGCACUACACAAAAUGCUCUGCUCAGGAGCCAGCGCAACACCCAACACCCCCAACAGCCAACACCCACUCCCUCCAAACCAACAGGGUUGCUCUGGAGCCAGGGGCUGCUCUGCUUCUGGAGAGCGCCCUACAGCUGGGCCCCUGACUGCCACCCAGGCUGACACACUAAGACAGGUCCAGGAAAUUCUGGGAGGGUUGGUGUCUGGGGCAAGGUGUAAACUGGACCCAUCCAGGGUGACAGAAAAGCUCCUGAGUCCCAACGGGCCCCUGCAUGAUAUUCGUAGCCUGCAGAACCAGCUCCACAGCCUGGAGGGGGUCCUGGAGACCAGCCAGAACACCAUUAAGGUUCUGCUGGAUGUCAUUCAAGACCUUGAGAAGAAGGAAGCUGAGCGAGACGGAAGACAUUCCUACAGGACCGGACAGGACAUUGAGAACUGUGGGACCUGCAGGGACUGUGCCUGCAUCAUCUACAGUGUAGAGCAUGACUUUCGUCUGCAGGAAGGGCAGGUGGUACGCACAUGGAAGGUGGGGGACCCUCCUGAGGGCUCGCCACAGCCCGCCACUCCCCAGCCCACCACACCCAACCAACAAGACUCCCCUCAACCAGUGCGACCCCCUGCCACCACUAAGAAGAACAGGAAGAAAUGUUUCUGGUUCCUCUGAGUGCUAGAGGAUGGAGAAAAAGACAUUUUGAUACUAUAAUGCACUGCAUACCCUUCUUAGAAAAACAACAAACGAUGAACUGUGGGGAUUUGACUAAAAAACAAGCCUGGAAUGAACUGGAGAAUUAAAAUGCAAACAUAAAACUGUGGGAGGAGAAAGUUACAAAGGCUAUGAUUUUAGCUGUUGCUGUUGGAGUUGAUGAGAAUGGUUUGACUGGGGCGCACAUGUUGUUACUGCUCUUAAAAUGCCUCUUCAGCACUUAUAGGUUUGAUACUGGUGCAGGAAAGUAAAAGUGCUGAAGUCAAAUAAAAGCAAAAGUUCAGUCCACAAUAUGACUCACAGUUAGGAAGCAAUCAGGAGAUAUAAAGAGAAUAUAUAGCGGGUGGAAUGGGGCAAGGGGCACAGUACAAGAGGCAAUACAGCAGAUUGGACAGAGAAUAUUUAUAAAAGAUAAAAUUAAAAGAGUAUAUAGGCAAAGAGAGAAAAAGACAGAGAGAAAGGAUUCAUCUUCAUUAAUGGACUAAUGAGGGUCAGAACACCAGCUUUUAUAUCCAGAGACAUUUAAAAAUAAUUAUUAUGACCUGUAUUUAAAACUUUUAAUAUACUGUAAUUGAUGAAAAACUACUACACACGUCUACAUGCACAUACAGCACACACAAACACAUACAUAAACAAAUGAACACGGCAUAUUUACAUAAAAAGCAUAUAUAAAUUGAGAAAAUGAGUUCUGUACCUAUCAGAGCUAUUCUGCUAGGAUGCUAUAUUUCAGAUAUGGAUUACUGCUCUAUAAAAGUAUUUUACCACAGCA